CUGGGUCUAGCCAGGAACAAAUUCAAGAUGGCGUCUUUAAAUAAGACGUCGCCUGAAUUUCGAAAUUUUUUCAUUUAUAACUCAACACUUGGACCAAAAGAAGGCAUGGUAUGAACUGCAUUUUAUAGAAAAAUUAUUAAACUGUUGUUAUCUUGUAAAUUUUGCUUUGUAAAGGGCUAAAAUAAUCUUAUAAUUGCCUUAAAAAUACCAGGUAAUUAGGUAAUUUGGUACCAAUCAGUAUAAAAACAUUUACUUCUUUGGAGGAAUUAAUCAAUUUCCUGCUCAAAAAAUCUUGCAAUUAUGAAAAUCUGUGCAAAAUUCCUCAAAUUGUAGAAGAAAGUGCAAACAUUUCCUGAGGAAUCUGUGCAAAAUGCCUUUGUGAACCAAGAACCAAGCAGAUUUCUGAUCUUCCUAUUAAGGGGGGACAUUGGGAUUUACGGUAUGGCUAUGGCGGUAUAUUAGCUUAUUUUUCUUACGGUAUUUCGGUAUUUUCCCUGAAAAAUUGCGGUAUUACGAUAUUGGAAAUCUUGCGGUAUUACGAUAUUGGAAAUAAUCGGUACACGGUAUUUGCAAUUUUGGAACUGCAAAUACUGAUUUGCUUGCGGUAUUAUGGUAUUGAAUACCCCCCAAUGCCCCCCUCUAUUUGACCAAAAUACUAUCUGACAGCAGGACACUUGGUCUUUGAGAUACUAUGCGAAAUUUGUUCCACAAAAACUGUUUUAUAGAAUUUUUUAAAAAUUGAGUAUAUUGCAAUGAAUGACUAGCACCUUUCAAAUACAAAAUUUCAGAAAUAUUGACCGAAAGAAAAACGUUUAUAUUGCAUUACAAACCUUGCAUGGUCAAUUGAAGUUUUUGCUGAUGAGAUAAAAUUUCAAAGCGACAAGAUCAUUUCAUUACAUUACAUUACAUUACCAGUCCCAUGCUUAAAGUGGAAGUCAAGUCUGUUCUGUGCAUUGGUUCUGCUCAUAACAAUGUGAGGACCCUCUAAUGUAAACAUUGCCCAACUUUAGAAUUUUCGAAUUUAUCUGAACAUAAACUUUAUUUCAUAUUGAUUUAGAAGCAUAGCGAACCAAAAUGGUGUUAGAUAUUCAGACAGUACAUCAUAUUUUAAAAAAAUACAGCAGUUCAAAAUGUAAACAAACCGUUUGUUUACAUAGGGACUUGACUUCCACUUCAAACAACUGUGGGGAGCCAUCUUAAGCUGAACAAUUUUUCAGAAUGGCUGCAUAAAUAUGUUGAUGUUUUUAGAAAAUGCAGACUGACUUCAGGUUUAAAAAUUAUGUGCCUGAACUGACCAAACUUUACAGUCUGACUAAGGUAUAUAGCCACACUGGAAAGUUUGCAAAAUAUGCAAAGAAAAGUUCAGAGAUUGUGGAUAUUAAGAAUACCUAAGCCUCAAAAAUGCACAAAUUAGGGUGGGAAAAAAUUUAGGAGAGGUUCAACAGUCUAGGCGUAAAAAAAAACCUGUGGUUCCGGUUCCCAACCGACCCUAUUUUUUCUGCCGACCCUAUUAUUUUUUCAACGCGAUUGACCGUGCAACCCUAUUUUCUCCGGGUGGUUGCGGGCUGCUGCCAAAAAUUAUGGCAUCUGUUGUCACACUAAUUAUUGAAAAAACCAUGAAAAAAAUAUUCAAAAAAAAAAUUAUUUCCGACCUACCAACCCUAAUUUUUUCGUGAUAUGAAACCGGAACCACAGGUAUUUUUUUUAUGCCCUAGUUGUACAGCCUCUGUGAAAUGUUGGGAACUCGCUAAGGUCAAUCUCAGCCGUAUCAUGGUUGGUGCUAUGAACAUUGCCCCCCCCCCCCAACCUGUUGCUAAGAAUUUAGGAGUACAUAUGGUUUGAUUCUAACCUCACCAUGAGCACCCACAUUUCGAAGACAUGCUCUUCUGGAUUUUACUUUCUAUAUAAUAUAAAACACAUUAGAAAGUACCUUACUAAAGAAGCGACCGAGACACUCGUACAUACUUUUAUAUCCAGUCGCUUGGAUUACUGCAACAGCUUAUUGUAUGGAUUGCCAAGUUCCCAAUUAAGCAAGCUACAGAGUGUGCAAAAUGCCGCUGCAUGUCCCAUGUUCCAAGAAUCAAAGUUUUGCCGAAUUACACCAUUGUUGUGAAGCUUACAUUGGCUCCCAGUCAAAUAUCAUAUUGACUUUAAAAUACUCUUACUAACGUUUAAGUAACCUUAUCAGCCUCAAGGGGUCUACAAGAUGUAGUCAAUAAAAUCAUACUACUACUCAGUCCCUGACUGCAUUGUUUACACACGGUCAGAUCAUGUAUGUAAGUUAAUGUAUACUCUAUAGUAUUAAUUGCUCUAUAGCAUUAUUAAUACCGUAGCAAUUAAUACUAUUAUUAAUAGAGCAUACAUGAUCUGACCAUGCGUAAACAAUGCAGUCGGGGACUGAAUACCACUGAUUGUUGGGCUACCUAAAUAUGGUUAGAGAGGGUAAAAUAAUAAAGUAGCUAGGGUGCAUCUGGGUGCAUUGUCACUUAAAGGUUAAUAAUCUUUUAGGAACAUGAGAAAAUCGUGCUAUAUUUGCCUGUCGAAGAGGAUAUAGAGAAGAAAAUCAGAAAUGUUGGACUUUGUGAAGCCAUUGUAAAGUUUACUGAGUAUGUGUCUGAAAUAUAAUUUUACUAACCUUUUAUAAGGGCUAAACUCCUAUAAUGAAGCUAGCCUCCUAAUGAAGGGUAACAUCCUAAUGAAGGGCUAACCUCCUAAUGAAGGGCUAACUUCCUAAUGAAGGGCUAACUUCCUAAUGAAGGCAUUGAAGGGCUAACCUACUAAUGAAGGGCUAACCUCCUAAUGAAGGGCUAAUCUACUAAUGAAGGGUUGACCUCCUAAUGAAGGGCUAACCUCCUAAUGAAGGGCUAACCUCCUAAUGAAGGGCUAACCUCCUAAUGAAGGGCUAACCUCCUAAUGAAGGCUAACCUCCUAAUGAAGGGCUAACUUCCUAAUGAAGGGCUAACCUCCUAAUGAAGGACUAACCUAAUGAAGGGCUAACCUCCUAAUGAAGGGCUAACCUCCUAAUGAAGGGCUAACCUCUUAAUGAAGGGCUAACCUCCUAAUGAAGGGCUAACCUAAUGAAGGGUUAACCUCCUAAUGAAGGGGUACCAUCCUACUGAAGGGGUACCAUCCUACUGAAGGGCUAUAUACUGUACUGUACUACCAUCCUAAAGAAAGGUAUACCUGUAUAUGGAAUAAUGAGGUGAUAUAUAUAAUUCUGUUUCAGGCAGUUCACUCCAGACAAACCAUGUGAGUCAGUACACACUCAAAAGACAAGACAGGUUUUUUAUGAACCUGAAAAAGACUACUGGAUGAUCAUGGUAAGCUGGGACAAUGAAUACAUGAAUUUGAAUUUAGAGGGUACAGUAUAUAGUCUUCUAUUUCAUGAAUUAAUCUUAAAAUAUAGCAUUUGUAAAUUCUGAACGCUGAUUGGCUAAGAGCCGUGUUGAUAUAACUCAAUGUCAACGCGGAAAAUUUUCUUUCUUUAUACAUUUUUUCCGUAAUUGAUAUACAGUUAUAUGAUUACACUCGUGGGAAUUGGGAAAACUCGAAAUCGUUUUCCCAAUUCCCACUCGUAACUGUAUAUCAACACGGAAAAUGUUUUAUAUUUGCUACCCAUUAAUUAUAUCAAAAAAGGUUCCACAUUAUUUAAACAGUGUACUCGGAGCUUGAAAUAACAGCCGAUCAUUGAUCGGCAAGAAAUUGCAUAUGAUUGGCGGAAAAGCAGGUUUUCCAACCGGAAAAAGCAGGGAAAGUCAUGACUGCCGAUCACCAUGAUCGGGAACUUUGGGAACGUUAUUUCAAGCCCUGGUGUACUAAUUGGAUUCACUUCUCUUUGUAAUUUUUCAGACAGUCACCAUACCUUUCAGUGAAAAGAUUGUGGACAACGCUGGCAAGGAACCUGAAAGACAUUACCAUAAUGAAGAUGUUCAUGUAUGUAUGUAUGUAUGUAUGUAUGUAUGUAUGUAUGUAUGUAUGUAUGUAUGGACCUAUAUUCCCUAAUGAACAAAAUUUUGAUCUAGACAAGGCUAGACAAACAUUUCGCCACAGCUUGAAAGAGCAUCGCAAAAUUAGUAAUAUUCCGAAGUUUCGUUGCAAAAUGUUGUAAAAUGUGCAUAAUAUAGCCCUUCGAAGUUUGCCGUUUUUCAGUCAUUUUGUAUUACGCACGGGAAAUUGAUACCGCUUUCUGAAAAAAGGUAUCAAUUUCCCGCACGUAAUAUACAAAAUGACUGAAAAACGGCAAAAUUUGCAGGGCUAUAUUAUCCGCAUUUUACAACAUUUUGCAACGAAACUUCGGAAUAUUACUAAUUUUGUGAUGCUCUUUCAAGCUGUUGUCUAAAUCAAAAUUUUGUUCAUUAGGGAAUAGGUCCAUUGAUUAGUUACAGUAUGUCACAUAAAUGGUGUAAGAAAACAUAUCCCUAUCCUAUGGUUCCGGUUUUAUGUCUUGAGAAAAUUAGGCUUCCUAUUGGCUCUUUCUAGGCAAGGCCUGAAUUUUUCGGUCGGUUGGUCAGUCAGCAAGCUUUUUAACAAUGUAUCACUACUUUCGUUCUUCAACAGAAUAACUUCAGAUUUAAGAUGCCAAAUAACUAAAUCAGUUUUACAAAAUAGUACGUCAUUUUCGAAAAUAUAACCAGGCUAUAAAGACAAUAAAGGUCAAUUUCACAUGAGACACUGAAAAUGGCAAAAUGCAACAUUAUGUGGUGCUUAUAACCACAUGUUUCCAUAGUUAACACAUUGGAUUAUCAUAAAUCAAAACGAUUUUUGAAUUUUGGCCCAUGCCCACUCUGCGGCAAACAGUCGAAUCUGCACUUGUUUGUUGCUAUUGUUCUGUGGAUAAAGUGUGUUUAUUUAAAAUAAUUAUAACUCAGUCACUUUAACUUUGAAAUAAGUUAUAUUUCUUAACAAACACAGUCUAAGGUUCACAUGAGAAUGUUAGAUCAGACAAUAUCCAGUGUUGCGGUGAUUUAUGGUGCAACGAAGUUUGGGUAAGAGAAAUGUAAUGUCCGCAACAAAAAAACAAUUACAAUUUAUUUUUCAGCCAAACGUCUAGCUCUUUUGACAUUAUAUUUGUGCUGCUUUUUUAAAAUGGUAUUAACAUUAUUUUAGACUGGAAAAAGACAAUAAAAAGUAUUAACAUGUCUUGAAUAAUUUGUUGCGGACAUUACGUUGCAGACAUUACAUUUUUGAAAUUGGAGAAUUAGAUGCUUAUAUAAUUGUCUUGCUUGAAUUCUAUAGUUAUUUUAUGCUUGAUGACUUAAAAAUAGAACAUUAAAAGGACUAUGGGACCUUUACUUUUAACUACAAUCACUCCGUGCUGUAUACACAAUCACAGUGACACAAUUCAUCAUGGAAAGUUUCCAAGUUACAUAUAAUGCCACUACCGUAUACUGCCAUUGUACCAUCAGUUUUGUAAGGCAUAUGUUGUUAAGAGCAAAAUCAUGUUUUAAUUCUAUUCAUGUUUGUUUUGAUCAUCUUCCACUAAACCCAGGGGUGUUAAUUAUCCCCACCAAAUGUAGUAAAUGCAAAACUGUCAAAUAGAAUGGUCUACAAGCAUGACACUUUAUUUGCUGCACAACCCGAGUCAUUGCCUGAGUCUAUGCGCAACAAAUAUUGCACUUUUGAAAGAUAUUAUUGUCAACAGAAGAUUAUAUACUGUAAUAUGUGUGACCAUGAUUUCAUCCCAGGAUUUAUGGUGGUAUACACAUGAGCAUACAGGAAGGAAAAAAUUAGGGUGGAGGAAAGAAAUUUGCCUGACUUUUUCGGAUUGUGCCCGCGUUGUUAAAAAAAUUUCCGGACAAACUUUCCACAAUUGUUGUCGACGGUGGGGGGGGGGGGGUACUAGUGAUUACGAAGAAUUCCUAUUAGGUGGAUAGCAUAUUUCCCACAAAAUUGACAGAAUUCCCCACAAAAUUGACAGAAUUUGUCCCAUUUAUUUUUAUAAUAAGUCAAUAUUGCCCAAGUGUGAAGCGAAUAUUGCCCGACUGGCUUUGUUUGCCCAACAAGCUGGGCAGCGGGCGCUGCCGCCCCCUCCCCUCGCCCGGUACGCCCAUGGGUAUACAAAUGUAAAUAGAAUUAAGCUAGAAUGCCUGUUAUGUGGACUAGAAACAUUGAAGUGCAUAAUCAGUCACCCAGUUUUGAUUUCCUAUCAUUUUUAAUACAGAUUGCUAUACAAUCCCAAAAAUGUAAUGUCCGCAACAGUUUCAGUGUAAUGUCCGCAACACAAACUUUGCACUAUAAAAGCUGCGCAAGGGCAUUGUAGAACAUCUCGUUUUCAUAUUUUUUAACCCCAAUUAUCACUGAGAGCAGGAAGUGUUUUAGUUCCUUUGAUACCUUUCAAAGUUCACAGGAAAUUACGUUUUAAAAACAUCACUUCAAUGUGUGGUUGAUUUUGCUGUAAUGUCCGCAACAGUACUUUGACUUUUUAUUACAAGAAUUGAUUACGAGGGAAUUUUGGUUUUUUUUUAUGAAAUCUUAAGAGGUCCCCUUAAGGUUUUCUAUGACAAAGUUCCCAGAUCUGAAACUGUUGCAAACAGGAAACAGAGCAUGUUUUGUAUUAAUUGUUUUUCUGUGAAUGUAAUGUCCGCAACGUGAAAUUGCCCUAAAGUAGACCAGACUGAGGAAAAAUUGCUUUGUUUGAAAGCUUAGAGGAUUUACUUUUCAAAACAAUUUUAGUGGUAAAGAUACUAGCAAAUAUCAAACUGCUCAUGCUUGCGUAAAGUUUUCACAAAUUUUGCGGACUUUGUAGUUUAGCGAACAUUUUCGAACUGUGCACUUUUUUGUACACCCCAGGGUGUUAGCCAGGCGGCCGUCCGACCGUCCUAUGGACGGCCACUUCUGAAUUUGGACGGCUAAAUUUUAGGGAAUAUUUUCUUUAAAGAGCAACCUACAAGCUUUGUAAUAUUUCUUGAAUACUUCGCGCCAUAUUUUCGUAAAACGCGCCAUGUUUUUGUAACCGUUUUGAUGAUUCUCGCAUGAAGUAUCAAGGAGAAUAAUGUGAAACCGCUGUUUUAAAAAAUAGCAAUCGCUUUAUCGCUCGAGCGCCAUGUUACAGUUAUGGUAGUGAUCAUACCAUACGUGUGCUUUUACUAAUAAUUUAAUGACGGAAAUGUGCAUCUAAAAGUAAAAAGGUUCAACGAAUAAAACACCACAAUUCCUCAACAACAGAAAAUUGCGGCCACACCCAAAAACAUGUGACCAAGCCCACAAAAAUAUGUUGCCACACCCACAAAAUUAUUUUGGACAGCCACUUUUGAAAUCCUGGCUAACACCCUGGUACACCCUGUACAAAAAUAUUAGUUCAUACUUUGAAUUUGAAUUUUUUCAGGACACUGUAUUACGUGCUGUUCUAAAGCAAACCUAUCAAAUGUUUAAGGUAGUGUAUUGUCGUUGCAAAUGUGGCAUGAAUACAGUAAAUAGAUCAAAGUGAACACAUUUUGAAAUUACACAUGCCUGCAGUUCUUUGCAUAAAAUCAUGGUAAUUUAUUUUUUCUAGUUAUUCAACGGUUCAUUCCAACACAUCCUUUCAGUUUGUGAUUUGGAUGAAUUGAGGAGGAGGCUGGAUUAUUUCUUUGGAAGAGUGAGUUGAGAAGAUGAUUUAGUUGAAUAACUACAGUAUGAUAAAAAAGUGACGUCAUUCUGUAUAGGCUGUUCCAGUGAGCUCUAUGUAAUAAUCUGGAGCAAGAACUUCAGUCAUUCGACCUAUGAGAAAAGCGAAACCAAGAUGGCGGAAAGUGACGUACAAUAGCUACCUGUAGGCGUAAAAAAUAUACCUGUGGUUCCGGUUUCAUAUCGUGAAAAAAUUAGGUCCGGUAGGUCGGAAAUAAUUUUUUUUUUCGAAUAUUUUUUUCAUGGUUUUGGCGGUUUUUUGCCGGGCGAUUUGCAGUAGAGUCCCGACAUCAAUAUUAACUAGAGAUGCGUAUUUCCUAUGGACGAAUUUAGGCAAUUUGUUUCAAUAAUUAGUGUGACAACAGACGCCAUUUUGGCACGCUGUAUGAGCAGCCCGCAACCACCUGGAGAAAAUAGGGUCGCACGGUCAAUCGCGUUGAAAAAAUAAUAGGGUCGGCAGAAAAAAAUAAGGUCGGUCGGGAACCGGAACCACGGGUAUUUUUUUACGCCCUAUGAGGGUCGUAAACAGUUUUAAUAUCAUUCCCCCCCCCCCCUCCCCCAUCUAAUUCCAGUUUUGGGGCUUACAAAAUACUGUUUUAUAUAUUUUCAGUAUUUAGGAACCAUCAACUUCUCCACUGUGGAUAUUUUGAGCGUAUUUUCAGGUAGGUGUAUGGGUAAAUACUAGGGUUUGGGCAUCUCACUCGAUAGAUCUAAUGGAUGAUUCCAGCUAUAGACUAACUUUUGAUCUAGGCAAGAAGAACAAAAUCCAUCACCACAGCUAGAAAGAGCAUGUUAAAAUGAGUAAAAUUGCAAAAUUUGGCCGCGAAAUGUUUUAAAAUGCGGAAAAUUUAUAUUUUCUGCGAAAUUUGCAAAUUUUGUAUUACGCACGGGAAUAUUCACAACAUUUGGCCUGAAAGUGGUGCAUUUUCCCGUGCGUAAUACAAAUUAAUACGAAAUUUGCAAAUUUCGCAGGGCUAUAUUUUCCUCAUUAAACAACAUGUCGCAACCAAACUUUGCAAUUUUACUAAUUUUAGCAUGCUCUUUCUUGCUGUGGUGAUGGAUUUUGUUCUUCUUGCCUACAGUAGAUCAGAGUUUAGUCUAUAGCUGGAAUCAUCCAUUGUGGAACGGUUUGGUACUGUAGAUAGAAAUUUCGUACACUUAUAACCAGGAGAAUAUAACCAGGAGGGACAUUUAUUACACCUAUAACCAUGCAGAAGUCUGAAUGUGCUUAUUUCCCAUAGGAAUGCUGAAAUAAUUAACGGUAAAUUUCUUUUUUGAAGGGAUACAUUUCCUGCCUUUAGACAAGAAUGCUUUCCUUAAAGUGAGCUGUUUUAUGAAUGUAAUUGAACAUAAAUUUAGGUAAGUCUAAUAAUGUAUUCACUUUCAAGCGAAAUGAAAUUUGUCUUUAACCAUUUAAGUGGCAGUGUGUCCAAGUGCGCCCUACUCCAGAGGUACUCGUCAAGAGGAAAGUUCCGGCACUCAAUGGGUUAAUCAGACUAUCUGCCCAUGUGUCUAGUUAACCCUUUAAGUGGCAUUGUACCCUUAUGCGCCCUACUUUAUUAUUUUACUUUGUCUAAUUCCACACUGCAAGAUCAUGACAAGAUCAUGACAACAUUAUGAUAACAUCAUGACAAGAUCAUGGCAAGAACAUGGCAAGAACAUGGCAAAAUCAUGGCAAGAACAUGACAAGAUCAUGGCAAGAAACAUGGCAAGAUCAUUGCAAGAUCAUGACAAGAUCAUGACAACAUUAUGACAAGAUCAUGACAACAUCGUGGCAAAAUCAUGGCAAGAACAUGACAAGAUCAUGGCAAGAAACAUGGCAAGAUCAUGGCAAGAUCAUGACAAGAUCAUGACAACAUUAUGACAAGAUCAUGACAACAUCGUGGCAAAAUCAUGGCAAGAACGUGACAAGAUCAUGGCAAGAUCAUGACAAGAUCAUGUUUGUUCAUUGCAAGAUCAUUGCAAAUAUCGCAGGAUCUUGCAAAUGCAGUAUCUUGCAGGAUUUAGACAAGAUCUUGGCAAGAUCAUAGCAUGAUCGCGGCAAGAUCGUAAAAAGAUCUUGGUAAGAUCUUGGAAAGAUAUUGCCAAUAUUGUCAACCUUGGUUUAUUCUCAAGAUGAGAGUGAUGGCACUCCAAUGGGUUUAAUGGUUUAUCAUACUAUCUGCACACGUGUCUUAAUUGUUAACCUUUUGAGUGAGAUCCGUGCUAAUGCGCCCUACUUUAUUAUUUUACUCUUUAUAAUUACAGUUGAAUAUUUUUUAUUGCAUGUUGCUUAACUUAAGUAAGUUGCAUUUGCUCAAUAGUCAAUAAUAAUUUUUUUCCGUUUUUUAGUUCUAUAAAAUACACUGUGUUUAUGUUUGAUGAUCAGAUUGUUUGGUAAGAUAACAAGUUACGCUAUUUAGCUUUCAUUGUAUAUUCGAUAGAGUGAAAAUUCUAAUGAGUCGCCAGAACCAGGGCUCGUUAUUAUAUUUAGUGCUUGCGAGCAAAAAUUAAUAACUUCAGAAUGUGCCUGCAAAAAUUGCGUCAUAUUCGGUUAGAAUGUCUGGAUUUUAAAAGAUGUCAACACAAAUUCAAAAUGUGCUUCAUGGACAAAUCCAAAAGGUGUCCGCAUUCCCCAAAUUCAACGAUGCCUGGCCGAAAAGACUCUUUUGAGUUCAUUUUUGACUUUUUCAAUAGACAAUUUCCAUUAUAGACUAAUUUUAAAACUAGACAAAGAGAUGCAAAUAAAUCACCACAGCUAGAAAGAGCAUACUAAAAUGAGUAAAAUUGCAAAGUUUUGGUUGCGAAAUGUUGUAAAAUGCGGAAAGUAUAGCCUUGCAAAGUUUGCAAAUAGUGUAUACUUUCGUAUUGCGUGCGGAAAUUGCUACCAUUUUCGGUCCAAAUGUGGUAGCAAUUUUCUCGUUCGCUGCGCUCACUCGUGAGAUAUUGUUUUUGCCACUCGAACAUAAAAUCCAUAUCUCCUGCAACCGUCUAAUAUCCUCUAUUUAUGAUGUAAAUACUUAGGCUCUUUAUCGGAACAAUGUUUGUCAUAUAGGAGUGGUCUUGAACAAGAAGAUAUGAGGGUACUGUACAGAUAUCUUACGACAAGUUUGAUCCCUGUCACAAACGAGGAGGUAUGCUCUCUCUCUUUGCCUUUUAUGUAAACUAUUUGCCUUUUAUUCAAAUGUACCUAAUUUAUAGUCUACCAAUGCAUUCAUGGUUGUAAAAUUAUUAUUACAGCUUUGUUUCACAAUUACUCAGCAGCCAUUCAAAAACUUCCAGAAGUCAUUAUUCAGAGGACGACCCCCCGUCCUCCUAGUAUCAAUAGAGAGUUUAAGCUUCACGUUAUACGGCAAACGGCAAACGCCAGGCAAAGAAAAAUGUUACGGUAUCAGGCAAUAAACAGUAAAGAACUUGCUGUUUUAAAACUGAAAUACAUAAUUAUUCUUUCGACACAAGAAAGAAAAUAUGAAACGAAAACGUUUAACGAAAAUUUUGCGUAGAAACUUCGAACCUGCCGUUUGCCGUUCCCGGAAAAUGCGCAACUUAAACUCCCUAUAUAUUCGCUGGUUUUAAUUUAUGCCCAUUGAAAUGAAUAUAACUGAAACGCUACCUUCAGAUAAACUGCCUUAUUUUAUUUUGAAGCCAAAUCUUGACACCCAGACUCGCGUGUUUAUGUCAUGAUUGACUGAUUGAGCUUUUCGCAUGCGUGAAAAGACUGGACUAGCCUUCAAGUUUGGCUUCAAAUUUCCGAUUGGAGGACAUUCUCGUCCCCAUGCAGAGCCAUUUUCACUCGGUCACUCGUUGAAAAUUAGGCUCUAGGUUAGACGACUGAAGGGAGAGAGUAAGAUCUGAUUGGCUUCUCGGAGAACUAUUAUUUUGCAGAUGUUGAGCAGUUUUCGCUAGGCAACAUAUUUCUGUCAAAAUAUAUCAACACAAAUACUUCGUUUCUUCGUAUUAUAAAUACUUGUCUGUGAAAAUUGUUACGGGUGCUGAAACGUCCCAAUUCAGGAGCAUGCGCUUUAGAAACUAUUGCAAGUUUUCUUGCACUUCCGGUUCCGUGUAUCCCAGGGCCUAUGAAGGUCGCGUUAGGCCCUGGGAACGAGGAUGGUUGGAGGUAGCGUUGCAGUCAUAUUCAUUUCAAAGUUCAUGCCCAAGACACAUUCCGAAGUUUCGUUGCGAAAUGUUGUAAAAUGCGGAUAAUAUAGCCUUGCGGAGUUUGCAAUUUUCAGUCAUUUUGUAUUACAAAUGGGAAAUUGAUAAUCAGUUUGAUCAUCUGAUUAUCAAUUUCCCGUGCGUAAUACAAAAUGACUGAAAAACGGCAAACUUCGCAAGGCUAUAUUAUCCGCAUUUUACAACAUUUCGCAACGAAACUCCGGAAUAUUACUAAUUUUGUGAUGCUCUUUGAAGCUGUGAUGAAAUUUUUGUCCAGACUUGUCUAGAUCAAAAUUUCACUCAAAAGGGGAAAGGUCUAUUGAUAGCCAUUAAUGCGACACUGCCAUUAACACAUUGCAGCCUAAUGAGUUAAGUUGAAUUUGGUGUGUACAGUACAGUAACUGUUAUGUAAUGUUGUCUAGUGGAUCAUUUAUGAUAAACAGAUGGUCGCUCGAGGAGAAAACACUACUUCAAGAAAUCAUCGCGGAAGGUAUAUAUUUUGCUUCUGUGGCCAUACAGAUUGUGAAAGAAUAGAGCGGGCUUUGCUGGAAAAGUCCAGGCAAACGACAGGGACAAAUUUAAGCUUGCUAAAGGGGGCACGUUUGAAUUAUACCCGGAUGUAAAACCAAGAAAAUCUAUUUCUUUUUUUUACCUUUUCCCUACAAUUCAAGUAUUCAAUCCUUGUUUUAUCAACAGUCCUGACGGUUUCACAUUUAUUUGUGGCGACUUUUGAGGAAUUUCUAUUUUAUAUCGUGGAAAAUGAUAAAAGUUUGGACGUGCCGAAGUCACGAAAAAAACACCGCUCUGCAACAUCGAAAAAAAAGCACUUUAAAACAUUUCUACCGUUCCAAAACUUGUUUUGUAUUAAAGUCCAGGUAUUCUUGUUGAUUUUGAACUUUUAAUCCUUGCUUAAACUAUGUUAGAAUGUUUUCAAAGUUGUAUUAUUUUCCUAAUUUUCCACUCCUCCUAAACAUCGCGGCUUUCCAUCCGGGAAUGAGAAUUUACAUCCGGGCAACUAGAUUCUAGAACAACUCUAUUCCUUUAUAAUCUCUAUGGUUAAAGCCGGAUUAUAUAUUUAACAAUUAGUCACCGAAGUCACAGAAUAAGAACGUACAGCAGAAGUGCAACUCAAGUAUUUGUCCGCGUUUUUACAAGCGAUUCUUUCAUCAAUCACGCCAUCCUGGCUAGUACAACCGGCACUUUGUACCUACCAAAACAUGAUAAAAACUUCCGGUUGUACUAGCCAGGAUGGCGUGAGCGAGUUAAAAUUUUCGUGGACGUAAAACAAUAAAGGAAUUGACUCAAGUUACACUUCUGCUGUACCUUCUUAUUCUGUGCCGAAGUGGAGGUGAAUAGCGCAAGGUCACCGGCACCAAAAGUCAGUCAACGCUCUGCCGAAAGUCGUGGGUUUUCUCCGGGCGCUCCAGUUUCCUCCCACAGGGAGAGUUGACAGGGUGGGUUGUGAUUAACACAGUUAAGAAAGUAAUAUCACAACAGACAGUUCCAGCUAUCGGCUAAUUUUUUAUCUAGAUAAGAAAGACGAACUAUAUCAUUAUAGCUCGAAAGAGCAUCCUAAAAUUAGUAAAAUCGCAAAGUUUGGUUGCGAAAUGUUGUAAAAUACGGAAAACAUAGCCCGGUAAAAUUAGCAAAUUUUCAGUAUUUUAGUAUUACGCGGGGUAAAAAUAACCACUUUCGGCUCAAAAAUGGUGCAUUUUUACCGCGCGUAAUACUAAAAUACUCAAAACUUGCUUAUUUCACAGGGCUAUAUUUUCCGUAUUUUACAACAUUUCGCAACAAAACUUUGCAAUUUUAAUAAUUUUAGGAUGCUCUUUUCAGCUAUAAUGAUAUAUUUCGUCUUUCUUGUCUAGAUAAAACAUUAGUCGAUAGCUGGAAUUGUCUAUUGUUGUAAAGUUAAGAUAGUCUACAAUCCUGGUCAAUAAUGUUGGCGCACUUGACACUGACUGUGCGAAAUUUGACUCCCACAUCAAUAACAAGCAUAGCAACCCCCCCCCCCCCUUCCCCCGUUCAAUGUUGUGUGUAGUGUGUUAUACGUCCAAGGUGUUACACAACAUUGAUAAGGGGGAUAGGGGGUGUUUGGACAUGAAAUUUUGCAUAAAAUGGGCAAGUAUGUAUAUGCUAAAACUGUCUGUACCAGUGUUGGUAGUACCAAUGUGAAAAUGCUGUGCUGAGUGGUUAUAUUACUACCUUAAAAAAUAAGCAGAAACUCGACGUUGGAGACUUGACGAAGGGUCUUCGCUCGAAACGUCGAGUUUCUGCUUAUUUUUUAAGGUAGUAAUAUAACCACUCAGCACAGCAUUUUAAGUAUGUAUACAGGGUGUAUCGAAAUAAACGCAAUUCAUCUUUUGUGCUUAAUAAUUUUCGAAAUACUAUUUCUAGCUAAACGCUUUUAGGCUUACUUCAAAGCCUGUUCUUUUCUCUUUCAAACAAACUAUUAUCCUUGUCUCCAAUGCUAGUAAUAAUUGCACAAGAAAAGAUUUAGUAAAACCUAUCAUUUUUAGUUGCUGUUUAAUUAUGCAAGUUUACUACGUUAUUGUUUAGUCAGUUUAAAUGUUAGAAUUUUCUUCUUUAAACUUUAAUGUUGUCGUCACUACAUCUGGAAAACCACGUAAGAAAAAAUUUAAAGUAUUUUAAAAGAGACCAGGUUGUUUGAAAAUCCUAAACGAAUUCUAAAAAUCGUCAAAACAUUCUGGUGUCUGAGCCAGAGUGUCAUCGAACUGCGAUGUAAUGUAAACAGAAAUUAUAGCAAGUUGAUGUCAGUCAGCUUAGAUGGUCCAAGCCAAAAUUAUAUCGCAUUUGAAGUUUCAAACUCUGUUGAAAAUAGUGGAAGAGAAGCCGUAAUUAUACUUAUUGUUACAAUCCAUUUAAUAAAAUGCAACAUUUUGUUGUUUUAAUGAAAAAAUCAGUUAUUUUCAUGAGAACGAUUUGUUAUUCCAUCUCAAUUUUUUUAAUCUCCAAUCGCAAUAACGUAAAGUAUUAUUAGCCGCGAACCAAUGAGUCAAAUUUAAGAAACAGCCCACUGUUAGAAAGCUGAAUGGCUACGCUUUAAAAUGAAUGUAAACUUUAACGUUUUCGUCUAUUAUUUGUUUAGCAAUUUACAUUUCAGUCGAGGAUUGCGCUUUUUUUGAUACACCCUGUAUAUGGUAAUCAGAAAUGAAGUAAAGGUUAUGCUAUUUCGACUAAGUGCGCCAAAAAAUUUUUGACCAGGAUUGAAUCCUGGUCAAUAAUGUUGGCGCACUUGACACUGACUGUGCGAAAUUUGACUCCCACAUCAAUAACAAGCAUAACACCUUCCCCCGUUCAAUGUUGUGUGUAAUGUGUUAUACGUCCAAGGUGUUACACAACAUUGAUAAGGGGAAUAGGGGGUGUUUGGACAUGACAUUUUGCAUAAAAUGGGCAAGUAUGUAUAUAGUAAUCAGAAAGGAAGUAAAGGUUAUGGCUAUUUCGACUAAGUGCGCCAAGGAUUUUUGGCCAGGAUUGUAGGCUAACUAUGUAAUUAGGUAAGCGUAAUACUUGAUGUAAAGCGCAUUUGAUCAUACCCACAUGUCAAUUUUUGCGCUAUUGAAAUGCUAAUCAUAAUCGUAAAACCGUGUGUCUCCAUUGUGUUAUCCUGUAAUAAUAUAAUGCAUUUCAGGUUCGUAACAUGUCCACCGGAAGUGAUGGAUGAGGUGCGCGGACCUCCACGUAAACUACCUCGGAUAUUUAUUGAAGAAGAAGAUGGCCUGAAGGAAUUCUUUCUUGUUGUUUACCAGGUGCUUAUCUUACAUUGCUUCCGUUUACGUACCCCUCCUAGUCUUGGCAAAGUAGGUUUGCCAAUUUUCUUUUCAAAUCCUUUUUUUUGAUAUUGUCAAACAAGACUACAGACUAGUACCUUGCUGCCAUAGUCGUUACGCACUUGGUAAGCGGUCCCACACUGAACUACGAUCAAAGCUCCACGACCUCCCAUACCCCCACCCCCUAUCUGAUCAGGUAUAUGGUGAUCUGAUCUUUCCGUCGUGUAGUUAGUUGCACUAAGUAAGGGAUCCAUUGUUAGUACUCUUCUCUUGUCUUCGGUGGUGAUGAUUCCAUUAAUCUUUACUUUUUAGGCUCUGGACGCUGUGGUAUGCUUGCUUGUGGCAG